GUGAAAUCUGAAAAGAUCUCUCUCUCCCCUCUGACACUUGUUUUCACUCCCCUCGACGCUGCUUACAAGAAGAGUGUCAAGAAUCAAAAACAGAAGAACAUAGAGCAACCAAUUAAUCAAAGAAACCCAGUUUCCAUUUCUCUUCUGUCGUUCGUCGUCGUCUCAUUUCGAGUUCGUUGAGGGAGUAUUUGCUUUUUAGAUUUCAAAUACAUUCUUUGAUGGCUUCCGGUGGAGGAACAGAGGAAGAACGGCAGAAAGAGCAGCUUGCUCUUCUGGGGAAACCCUUAAAAGAAGGGGAGAGAAUUUUGGCGCCAACGAGGAGACCAGACGGGACAAUGCGAAAAGCCAUUCGGAUUAGGGCAGGUUACGUCCCUCAAGACGAAGUUGCAAUUUACCAAUCCAAAGGUGCUCUGUUAAGGAAAAGUAUGGGCACGCCGGAGGUGCCCCCGGGGUAUGACCCGGUUUUGGAUGCGAAGCCGAAGACGAAGGCCGCUAAGCGGAAUGAGAGAAAGAAGGAGAAGAAGCACCAGGCUGCUCUUGAGAAGGAAAAAAGCUUGGCAUUGAAGGUUGAGAUGGAGAAGACUGGAGAGGUGCCUUCUGCUGAAGAUGUAAAUCACAGAUCUGAAACUGUUGAAUCAGUAGCACAUCAAAUGGACAUGCUAUCUGUUUCAGGAAACCUUCCAGCAGUGGCUCCUUCUGCAAACUCAGUGGAGACGUCAAAUCCAGGGGCUCCUGGUCCUGAUCUUGAUAGAAGAAUUCGAGCACUGAAAAAGAAGAUUCGACUCACGGAAGCUCAACAGCAGAAAACUGAUCAGAAAGAUAUGAAGCCAGAGCAGUUAGACAAGGUGGCAAAAUUAGAAGGUUGGCGUCAGGAGCUAAAGAUUCUGGAGGAGAAGAAAGCAGAACUUGCAGCAUCAUGAGGUGAAGAUCGUGAUUGUCUGAGGAAACCGUGUAGUAUCUCUUCUGUAUGGGUUCUAAUCCUUCUUGGGCAUUUGGAGGAUCCUUUUCUGUUUGUUCUGGUUGUGAAUGGACUUCUAGGACAACAAUAAAAAUUCAGUGUUUGUGAACGAACCUGUUUCUGAUUGUUUAAACUAUUCAGACUUCUCUACCAUUGCCAUUUAAGCGAUUUUCUUUUUCUUUGUA